UAUGACAGGAAACUAAAGCCUAAUAAUGAAUUAUUUAGCUUAUUGGUUUAAUAAUGAGUCAAAAUCCUAAAUUUUUUUCUCGAAUUUUGGCUGGUAUCCUCUUCACGGACGUUGAAGAGUCGUUGUCCAUGUGAGCCAUGAGAUGAGACAUGGGCUUUCGAGCCAUAAAUAAUGAGCCCAACCCAUUCCACGAAAUGGGCCCAAUCCACCAGAACGUGAAAAUAGCGUUGGUGGGUUGUGCAGCCGAGUCCGCGUGGCCCACCCCCAAAAGUCCUUUUCUUUUGGCCAUCCAUUGGAGUAGAAAAGUGGAGUCAUCUGCACAUCCCCUCACCCUCCAUACAUCAUCAUCUUCUGAUAAUGCCUUCUCUUCCCAAACCUCAAUCAUGUCAAAUUAUUUUCUUGUUUUUCAAUUUUCAAAACCCAUUUCACCUUCUUCAAUCACGUCAUUUUCACUUAUUCCCCCCCAUCCCUUUUUUUUUUUUUUUUUUAAUUCUCAAAGUAAAAAUAAAAUAAAAUAAAAAAAAGUACUUAUUUGUUUUUGAAAAGUAUUUUCAGAAAUAUGAGAGUGGGCAAAAACUCUGAUGCUUUGGACAAAAACAACUUUACAGAGGUGACCCACAUCUGGAACAAGCCAGAGCAGCUUAAAUUGGAAUGGGUUUGCCUCCCAAAUCUGUUUUUUUUUUUUUUUUUUCAAAAAUGCUUUUUAUCAUAAUUAUGAAUUAAUUUUUAGAUACUUUUCCAUGCCUCCAUCAUUUUAGUAUUGUUCUCUGUCGGCACAUUGGGCCCUCCUAUUCAAAGAUUCUACUUCCGAGCAGGGAGAGUAGAGUAUAAUGAUAUAAUCCACAAAGUAAUUCAAAUUUAAAUUCCAAUUUAAUAAUUAAAUCAUACAUAUUUUUUAUAUUAAGAAUAAAUUGGAGAGGAAGGAGUGGAUAUCAUUGGGAGAAACGAAUAUCGAGAUGGCGAGGAAGCGCGUGGAAGAGGGGGGAGGGGCGCGUGGGGGAAGGGAGGGAGAUGGCUCUCCAUGCACACAGAUAACGUGUAAUAUUGAAGCUAAGGUACUCACCACAUUGUACUUGCAAUUGUGCUGCGCUGCUUGUACCUUUCACGUUCUCUCUAGUCUCAGCCUCUCCCCUCGAGAUGCGUGUACUGCAGUCGUUUUUCCUAUUUUUCUUUUAAAAAAAAUUGGGUUUUAAUUUUUUUUAAAAAAAAAAACUAAUGUGGAUGUGUGUGUGUGUGUGAGUGCGUAUUUGUGAGUGGAUCUGGUAAAUGGGCUCAUUCUACAAUUAGUGGGUUCUGAUCGGUCACAAUCACAAUCACCUGCCAUUUUGGCAUUUAAUCUCCAGCCCACCCUUUGUUUAAUUAAUGGUAGUAACCGCUAUCGCGAAUUAAUUUCCAAAUUCAUAUCUAUUUCUAUUUUUUAAAUAAAAAUAAAAAUUGAAAAGAAAAAAAAAAAAAAAAAAGAGAUGGUAUUAAUUAUGGGCGUGACAAAAGGAGCGUGGGUGAGUGGGUGGUGGUGUGCUAUAAACUAAGCCAUACCAAAAAGCACCGGCCGGCACGCUAAAGCUUCUUACUCUUACAGUUGGCGCAUUUCAAAUAUCAGUAAGUAUUCCUAUGUAUUUUUAUUUUUUUUAUUUUAAUUUUUGCUUAAUCUAAAAAUGGUAUAUCCAACUCAGAAAAUGGUCAUGGGAAGACAUAUUACUGAGAUAAACCGGGUCUGGCUGCAUGUUGCCUGUCUGUCUUUCUCCCUUCAUCAACUCACAGAUGCAUUUGUUUGUUUUUGGAAGUAUUUAAAGCAUUUUAGUAAUUGAUUUUGAAAUAUUUUAAAUAAAUAUUUACAAUUUUUAUUUUUAUUUUAGUUUAUUGUUUAUAUUUAUGUAUAUAUAUAUGUCAAAAGAAAAGCAUUUUUGGGUUGUGUGUGUCCUCUGGUGGUGGAAUGCUUGUCACCUACUCCUUUUUAAGUUCCCAAAUCGCUUGAUACUUCUCAAGCUGUGUCUCUUUUCCCCCAGAGACUGCAAAGCUCUGAUCUUUGCUUCAAUGGAGAAGCACAAAUGCAAGCUCUGUUCAAGGAGGUUCUCCAGUGGCAGAGCUUUGGGUGGUCACAUGAGGUCUCACCUAGCCACCCUCCCCAUUCCUCCGAAGACCCCGCAACACAGUGACCGGACCGACCCUGUUUCCUCUUCCUCUUCCUCUUCUUCCAGUGAGGAAGAAGAGGAGGGGGAGGAGCAAAGAUCAGAAGGAGAGGAGAAGGCUCUGGCUUAUGGGUUGAGGGAGAAUCCCAAGAGGAGUUUUAGAUUGGCAGAUCCUGAGUUUUCGUUCGCUGUGGAUGCUGGGUCUGUGGUCCAGGACCGCGAGAGCGAGACCGAGUCCAGGAACCCAACUCGGAGGCGAUCCAAACGAGCUUGGAAACUGGGUGUGCCCAACCAGGGACUGGAUUUGAAGAAACCUAAAUUGGGAAAAUCGGAGACCACCGAGUCGCCGACUGAGCCGGAGCCGGUGAGUUCAGUUUCCAACACUUGGCCUGAAGAGGAUAUUGCUAUGUGCCUGGUGAUGCUUUCGAGGGAUACGUGGACCAGAAGCGAUGAAGAUCAAGACAUUAAAGAUGAAGAAGAAAGAUCAGUUGAUGAAACAUGCAAGAAGGUGUUCUCGUCCUUUGAAGCAUCCCCAGUUGAAAAAGUCGUGAACAAAGCCAGUAAGAAGAAGAUCAAAGCCUGUUUUGAAGACGAAUCAAAUCCAGAAAACGGAGGUAAUGUGAAAAUUUAUGAGUGCCCAUUUUGCAGUAGAGUGUUCAGGUCUGGCCAAGCAUUGGGUGGGCACAAGAGAUCACACCUCCUCAAUAAUUCAACCACCACAACUGCCGCCGCUGCCGCUGCCGCUUCUGCGAAUUCUGAGAAAUUCCAGAAUGGGGUGAUAGAUCUCAAUCUCCCUGCUCCACCUGAAGAUUAUGCCUUUAGUCAGCACUCUGCAGUUUCAUAUGCAGAGUUCAUUGCCAAUACCAUAAAAUGUUGAUGAAAUUGAAAUUCAUAGGUAUUGUUAAGAUCUGAGACUCUGUUUCUUAGUAAUUCUUAGAUAUAAUUUCAAUCUUUUUUUUAUUUAUAGAUGAAGGGAGUUGAAGUUUUUUGGUGGGGUGUUCUUUCAUUAAUUGAUUCCACUUUUAGUCACA